UGCUGUUUUCUGCAUGAUCUCCUCUCUAUACUGUUGUCAUAGUUACACGCCCGGGCCUAGUUUUCAGGUCGAAGCGCUGGAAUGCCGCAGGAAGUGUCUCCGCCGAGCUCCGUACCUCAGCUGCGGUCAUUUAAUAGUCGUCAGCUUGUGUAUGCACUAUUCUGUAACAGGAGCCCGCGUACCGUUCAGCCAUAUUGGGUGAACUUUCAGGGGGAGCCUCAGCAAUAUCCCGCGCUGCCCCCAGGCAAAGGCCGCAGGAUGGUCACUUAUUUAGGACACAUCUGGCUUUUCCGAGAAGUUGAUACAGGCGUAGGUCUGAUGGUGAACAAUAAGGAAAUGUUUGUCCCAUCUCCUAAUGUAAAUGGUCAACCGGCUAUUGUUAAUAUUUCUUUGCCAGUCUUCAGUCUGAAAGAGAGAUGUCUCCAGGUCAUCAGACGUCUGGUGAAGCCAGAAGAUUACAGAAAGCUGGAAAUUGUUGCUUCUCUAUAUGAGGACCUUGAAAACAGUCCAGAUAUUUUGAAGGAUUUGCGCCGGUUGGCAGUUGGAUUCUGGGAACAGACCCAAGCAUCAAAUCCAUGAAAUUAAAGUGUGCCUGUAGUUUAUUCUCAUGUGACUGGAGAUUUCCACUAUUGGACUGCAUUGUGCCAUCUUACUUCUAGGAAUGUGCUUGGAUGUGCUCUGGAACAGGAGGAUGAGUGGCUGAUGCAGUAUGAAGCUUGGAAGUUCUUUGAAACAGGAUGAGUGGCAUCUGCAGUUUGAUGUCCACUUGAGGAAAGGAACUGAAUAUAUUGGGCAUUAUUUAAUCCUCUAUACUCAUUAGCAAGUGUGGUAUAUAAAUAUCUUUGUUACUCAAGCUCUUGACUUUCAGCAUAACAUAGUUUUAUAUUGUGUUUUUAUAGAAAAUCUCUACUUAUGUGACUUGUGAUAUUCCCAUUGUAGGAAGACUUUUUGUUUAUCUGUAGUGCCUUAUCACUAUCAACAAACUUUGAAGAAUAUACAACCUAAACAUUAUGGUUUUAAUCCUAUAUAAUAAAAGGCCAAGAGUGUUUGUAGAGACUGCGCGCAAGGAUAAACACACCUGGCCUUCCAACUGACCUGGUGUCGUGUAGCGGAGUGGGCGUGGUCGGGUGGGCAGGGCCAGAUGCCGAGAGACAGAGAACUCUAAAGAGGGGGGGUAGAGAGAGCAAAAGAGAGGAGGGGGAGAGAGACAGCAAAAGAGAGAGACAGCAAAAGAGAGAGACAGCAAAAGAGAGAGAGGGGGAGAGAGAGAGAGAGAGCAAAUGAGGGAGAGAGAGAGAGAGCGCAAAAGAGAGUGGGGGGAGAGAGGGAGCAACAGAGAGGUGGAGCGAGAGAGAACGCAAAAGAGAGGGGGUGAAAAAGAGCAAGGGGUGGGACCGCUGUACUGCAAAAAAUGGCCUGUGUGAACGGGCUUUAGGACUAGUGUGUGUAUGUGUGUAUAUAUAUAUAUAUAUAUAUAUAUGUGUAUAUAUAUAUAUAUAUAUAUAUAUAUAUAUAUAUAUAUAUAUAUAUAUAUAUAUAUAUGGUGUCUCCACAAAUGGAGGGUGAUCUAAUGGCUAGAAAGAUGGUAUUCUUGUAGGAAAGAGAAGUAUUGCAUUCUAUUUCACACUAGAACAGAGAAUACUUCUCCACAAUAGUCUCUCUUUACAAUGAUGGAUACAUUUUAAACCUGUUUCUUUGUGUCAAGCAGGAUGUGGCAUUUGUAGAAAAAGUGCAUUACUCCAUAAAUGGAAAUGUUUUGAAGACAGUGAAGAUAAAACUCAAACAGGCUGAGAUUCGUUUGUAGCUUCUCAGCUGACUAUUAAACGAUCAAGGAUAGUUUGCAGCUCUAAGGACUUUUCCAUUACUGUAUUACCACUUGCAAUGGUUAAUGUUGAGAAACUUCCAAGGCAUGUAUUGUAAAGGACAGGCACACUUCUGUUCAAUUAGCAAGUUUAAAGGGACACACCAAUUUUCAUUUAACUGCAUGUAAUAGACACUACAAUAAAUAAUCUGUACAGAUGCUGAUGUAAAAAUGCAGUAUAAAACCUUUUAAAAACGUACUUGGAAGCUCCCAAUUUAGUACUGUUAAUGAGAUUAGCCUGGGAUACCCAUUGAAAUAGGCUAAUAGCAGAACCUCCCUCCUCCCCUGCAUGUGAAAAGACCGAUUAUUCAAACAGAAUCAGUCUGAAGUCUGUAUACAUCUAAAAGUUUGGGUCAUGGUUAGGAGUCUGGAAAUCAGCACAGUGUUAUUUAAUAAUAAGGAAAACUAUACAUUGUUACAAAAACACACCCAUAUGGGCUAUAUAAAUGGAUCAUCUACAAAACAUUUAUGCAAAGAAAAAUCUAUGUAUAAUGUCCCUUUAAUUUGUUAAAACUGUAAUUCUCCGCUUCACCAAUACUCGUAUGAAACGGCUUGUAAGCGAGAAAUCUAUAGUUUUUAUAUUUUCUUAAUUCAUUUAAAAAAAAAAAAAUUAGUAUGUGCUUGAUUUUACUUGACUUGGAAGUUUCUGAACAUCCGCCUUUUAAAACGGUAGAUUUGCAGACUGUCUUUAGAUUGUUUGAAGAUGUAUGUAUAAUAUAUAUAUAUAUAUAUAUAUAUAUAUAUAUAUAUAUAUAUAUACUGUAUUACCUUUCUUUUAUAUGGGAAUUACUAUUUUCCAAUAUUUCUAACUUUUUGCUAGUUCAUUUGUUAGAGGGUCUGUGCCAAAUAAUUUAUUUGUAAAAGAAAAAGUGUUUAUAUGUUACUUUAUUUAACAUUUAUGUUUGUUUAUAUUUUAUUUACCAAACUUUCUCCAAGAGACUACUAACUGUAUUUUUUGUUUAAAUAACUAUAAUAAUUAUGCAGUUUAUACAGCUUA